CAACAAAAUACGUGUCACACGGCACAUAAAUAGAUAAUAAAAUAGAACUCUUCCGAACACACGCUCACUAUCUAAUCAUCUGUGACAUUGUGUACGAAGGGGCUGCAUACCAUACAACUUUGCUUAUUAGCACUUUUUCCAGUACUUACACCUAACCGGCCUAUUCGAUCUAUUCUAAACGCUAUGUCUUUAAGUACAGUAAUAGCGCUGGUGACGGGUGCCGGCUCAGGCUUGGGACGUGCCACUGCUAUUCGACUGGCCAAACACGGAGCGAAAGUGUGCAUUCUGGACUUAGAGUCCAGCAAAGGUACUGAGGUGCAGCAGGGGAUCGGAAAUAGCUCAGUGUUCAUACCGACUGAUGUCACAAAUGAAGACCAGGUCAAGCACGCUAUUUCCACCGCGGAGGAAACCUUCGGUGGACCCAUUAACGUGGCUAUCAACUGUGCUGGUAUCGGAAUUGCUGAGAAGACUCUCGGCAAAAAGGGCGCACAUUCUCUGGCCAAUUUCGAAAAGGUUUUGAAAGUCAAUACCAUUGGUUCCUUCAAUGUUCUCCGUCUGGCUGCUGAGCGUAUGGCUGCGGCAGAGCCCUCACUCCCCACUGGCGAUAGAGGAGUUAUCAUCAAUACCGCGAGUGUCGCUGCAUACGAUGGACAGAUUGGUCAGGCCGCCUAUUCCGCGUCAAAGGGUGCUAUUGUAGGCAUGACACUGCCAAUUGCACGUGAUCUUUCCAAGUCGAAGAUUCGCGUCAACACCAUUGCCCCCGGACUGUUCAAAACUCCUCUGCUCGCCAGUCUACCCCAAAAUGUUAUUGAAGCGCUAAAUAUGACGGUUCCGUACCCCGCGCGUCUGGGAGACCCCGAUGAGUACGGACAGAUGUGUCAGAGUAUCAUCGAAAAUGGCUACCUGAAUGGUGAGACCAUUCGUCUGGACGGGGCUAUCCGCAUGGCCCCUAAAUAGGUGAUUCAAAAAGAGAUACAACAUAUACUAGCUUGCGACAUGAAUAAACCCGAGCAUACAGAUGUAGAGCCAGGAAGCAUCCAAAUAUGUAGAUGGCGCUUGUUCUGAUUUGACAUGUGCAAUAAUCGACAAUUGAGUUGGGCAUUACAAAGAACUUGGACCGCUCUUUCAGUGAGCAUCUAUUAAAAUAAAGUACUAUCAGACUCAGGAUCGGAC